AUGACUGUUAAGGAGUGUGAAGACCGAAUUACACAGCUUGAGGGAUCUUUGGGAGAAGUACGUGGAGAGGUCUCAGCAAUCAAGGCUGGCUGUGAGAGCAUGUCAUCACGGCUUGGAGCGUUGGAGACACAGAUGACAUCGUUUGCUCAAAUCCUUUCACGCAUCGAAGCUAAUACUUCCUCAGGACAUGGUCAAACGAGCGGCACUAAAUCAUCAUCGCUUGAUUCACCUCAGAUCGAUAUGCCUGUCUUUGAUGGUCGCUUGCCGUAUGGAUGGAUUGCUAGAGUAGAGAGGUUUUUUCGUUUGGGUCAGUAUGCAGAGGAAGAGAAGUUGGAGCUCGUUUGUUUGUGCUUGGAUGGAGCUGUUUUGAACUGGUUCAAUAGUGAAGUUGUUAAUGUACCCUUCUCUGAUUGGGAGAACUUUAAACAACGACUUCUGGUGCGGUUUACUCUGGCAAUUGACGAUGAGCCAGGGAAAUGUUUACUGUGCAUACAGCAAACUGGAGAGAUUGUAGAGUAUAUCAAUGAGUUGAGGAGUUCUCAACUCAAGUGA